GUAAAAACAGAUAAAGCUAUGGUAUUCAAUAAUCACUUAUUCUUUACUUUAUAAUAUAAAAACAUGGGUAUUUUUUCAACAUCCAAAAGAUAUUUCACAAACGGAGUAGCGGUUGACAGUGUCUUGUCUCUUGCAAGUAGCAAAAGCAAGCAAAGAGUGUUAGAUUCUCCUCUUGUAUUUACAAAGCUGUUCGAAGUCUUCCUUAAAAUUAUGUGCUUAUAGUUGAUGAUGGAGCAGGUGCUUGAUCAGAUGCUUUUUGCGUUUUCUUAGUUACAUUUUGAUUGAUCCCUGGAUGUUCCCAACCAAAGCUUUGGCCAUGCAAUGGCUGAAAUCAUGUCUGGAACUUCCUUUUUCACCAACCCACCACUAUACACUACUAGUACUGCCACCAAGCAUAGCCAUAGCCCGUCACCAAACAGACUUAAAUUCUUGAUAGACAAAUCAAAAAGCAUCAGACAGCUUCUACUGAUUCAUGCAUUUCUUAUUCGGCAUGGCCUGGAGAGUGACCCGGUCUUGAAUUUUAAGCUCCAACAAUCUUACUCUUCCCUUGGACACCUCCAAAAUUCUCUUACUGUCUUUAAGCAUACUCAUAGUCCAACUGUGUUCUCUUACACUGCGAUUAUCCAUAAUCAUGUGAGCAAUGAUCUGUAUGAACAAGCCUUUGUCUUAUAUAUCCAAAUGCUAAUGCAAAAUAUUGAGCCUAAUGCGUUUACAUUUUCUUCCAUCCUUAAAACUUGCCCACUUGAAUCAGGAAAAGCCCUUCAUUGUCAAGCCCUAAAACUCGGGUAUGAAUCUGACACAUAUGUUCGAACUGCUCUUGUAGAUGUCUAUGCAAGAGGCAGUGACAUUGUGUCAGCUCGCAAACUCUUUGACACUAUGCCUGAAAGGUCCUUAGUGUCUUUGACAACAAUGAUUACUGGAUAUGCAAAGAAUGGGCAUGUCCAAGAAGCUAGAGUGUUGUUCGAUGGGAUGGAAGACAGGGAUGUUGUUUGUUGGAAUGCCAUGAUUGAUGGGUAUAGCCAACAUGGUAGACCUAAUGAAGCUUUGGUUCUUUUUAGGCAGAUGUUACUGUCAAAAGUGAAACCUAAUGAAGUGACCGUGGUGGCGACUCUUUCUGCUUGUGCACAAAUAGGAGUACUGGAAUCAGGUCGGUGGAUUCAUGCUUAUGUGAAAAGUAACAGAAUUAAAGUAAAUAAACAUGUAGGUACUGCUUUUAUUGACAUGUAUAGCAAGUGUGGGAGUUUAGAGGAUGCAAGAAUGGUGUUUGAUCAGAUGAGAGAUAAGGAUGUCAUAACAUGGAAUUCGAUGAUUGUAGGAUAUGCAAUACAUGGAUUUAGCCUUGAAGCUUUGCAGCUGUUCAAUGAGAUGUGUAAGUUGGGUCUCCAGCCUACUGAUAUAACGUUUAUUGGCAUUUUAAGUGCUUGUGCUAAUGCUGGAUUGGUCUCUGAAGGGUGGAAUUAUUUUCAGUUAAUGGAGAAGUACUGGAUUGAGCCAAAGAUUGAGCACUAUGGUUGCAUGGUGAAUCUUCUUGGACGAGCUGGACAACUAGAAAAAGCUUAUGAAUUUGUCAAAAAUAUGAAGAUUGAUUCCGAUCCUAUUUUAUGGGGAACUCUACUGACUGCUUGUAGGAUUCAUGGGGACGUAAUGCUUGCAGAGAAAAUUAUGGAGUUCCUAGUCGAACAGGAUCUUGCUACUUCAGGAACUUAUGUUCUGCUAUCCAACAUAUAUGCUGCUGCUGGUGAUUGGGAUGGGGUGGCAAAGGUGAGGGCAUUGAUGAAGAGAAGCGGGGUUGACAAGGAACCUGGCUGUAGCUCCAUUGAGGUAAAUAAUAAAGUGCAUGAGUUCCUUGCGGGUGAUAUGAAGCAUCCCAAAAGCAAAGAAAUUUACAUAAUGCUGGAGGAGAUGAACAAGUGGCUCGAGGCUCAUGGUUACUUGCCGCAGACUGAUAUAGUCUUGCAUGAUCUUGAGGAAGUUGAGAAGCAGCAAUCACUUGCAGUUCAUAGUGAAAAGCUAGCCAUUGCUUAUGGGCUAAUUAGUACUCAGGCAGGAACUACAAUCAAGAUUGUCAAGAAUCUACGUGUUUGUCCAGAUUGUCAUGCUGUCACAAAGCUCAUUUCAAAAAUCACAGGACGCAAAAUCAUUGUGAGGGACCGGAAUCGCUUUCAUCAUUUUGUGGACGGUUCAUGUUCUUGUGGUGAUUUCUGGUAGAACUAUUAGCCUGUUUUAACAAGCUGGCAGAGUAUGAUGAACAGAGCGUUUUAAGCAUCGCAUUGCACCAUGGUACCUGUGGUAGCUUGAUGACAUCCUCAUACAGCGUCAUAUUCAACAGGAGCUUAUACAGUUGAAACUGACUGCCGUUCCAACUUCCAAAGAAAGAGCUGGAGGGUGAGAUUUCAUCACCAUCUUCCCAAAAGUAAUCCCAAUUAUAAAGGAAUAUCUGACAACUGAAGUUAUAUUGUUCAUUUGAAAACACUCUUCACUUCCUCUAACCUUAGUAAGAACAAUGCAAAGACCAGUCUGUGGAAGAUGCAACAACUUUAGGGACACUUUUAAACAUUGUCUGCUUCACAGAAAAGCUGCAAAACAGGUUUGUAAUAACUUAUCCACUUUCUUUUUCAAUCAUUGAGAUAUGUACAGAAUUUUGCAGAUUUCUUCCAUAGUCCCUUUGUCUCAGCUGCUAUCUUUAGCAUAUUUUCCAGUGCACUAGGGUGCGAAAUAUGGAAGAAACAAGUGCGACAUGAUUUCCUGCCACUUCAUAUCUCCAUUACCAUAUAUCAUGUCGCGUAGUCAGAAAUUGGAAAUAUUUUUCUAGUGACAUAAAUCUUAUUUUCAUUUCAUCUGGAAAAAAACAAUCUUUUUCUCAAUUUGUCUUUGUAAUUUGAUUCAAUAGUGUUCCAUUAUAUAGGAGGAAAACUACUAACCAUGAACUCUCUCAGGUAGAGCAUUAGAACUGAACUAUCUACUAUUAGAUAAUGAUAUAUUGGUUCUAGGAUUUGCCUGGGGAAUAAGGAAACUAUAAAUUGAAGAUUGUUAUUUGAAAAUGGUAUUACUCACAGAAGUUGCAAUGAAGAGUGUUUUAG